GAUGAUCAGCGGAAUUUUUAUAUAUAAUCACAAGGGCGAAGUGCUCAUAUCACGCAUAUUUAGAGAUGAUGUAUCUCGAAACGCUGCGGAUGCCUUUAGAGUUCAUGUUAUUCACGCACGCCAGCAGGUGCGUUCACCUGUGACAAGCAUUGCUCGGACGAAUUUUUUUCAUGUUAAAAGAGCCAAUAUAUGGGUCUGUGCAGUUGCAAGACGUAAUGUUAACGCGGCAUUAGUAUUUCAGCUUCUUCAUGCUUUUGUUGGUGUAAUGAAGCAGUAUUUUGGGAGGGUAACUGAAGAUAACAUAAAAAACAAUUUCGUACUAAUAUACGAGCUGCUAGAUGAAAUAAUCGAUUUUGGUUACCCUCAGAAUACUGAUACUGGUAUCCUUAAGACGCUUAUAACCCAGGCCGGAAUUAGAACCGCCACCAAAGAGGAGACAACUCAGAUAACUAACCAAGUAACAGGUCAAAUAGGUUGGAGGCGAGAAGGCAUUAAAUAUCGCAAAAAUGAACUCUUUCUUGAUAUUCUCGAAUCGGUCAAUCUGCUUAUGUCUCCCCAGGGUCAGGUAUUAUCAGCCCAUGUUGCUGGAAAAGUUGUAAUGAAAUCAUUUUUGAGCGGGAUGCCAGAGUGCAAAUUUGGGUUCAAUGACAAGAUUAGCCUAGAGGGUCGACCAGGGCGAGGUGGGGCCGGUGGUGGUGAUGAAAGGUAG